UUAACAUAAACUAAAACUCUAUAUCAACAUGUCUGGACGCGGUAAAGGAGGCAAAGUCAAGGGAAAGGCAAAGUCCCGUUCAUCUCGUGCUGGUCUCCAGUUCCCGGUAGGCCGUAUUCACCGUCUACUGCGCAAGGGAAACUAUGCCGAACGCGUCGGUGCUGGUGCUCCCGUGUAUCUGGCAGCCGUGAUGGAAUAUUUGGCUGCUGAAGUGUUGGAAUUAGCAGGAAAUGCUGCCCGUGACAACAAGAAGACCCGAAUAAUUCCACGUCAUCUGCAAUUGGCCAUCCGUAACGACGAGGAGUUGAACAAACUUCUGUCCGGUGUCACCAUUGCCCAGGGAGGUGUCCUGCCAAACAUUCAAGCCGUUCUGCUGCCCAAGAAGACCGAAAAGAAAGCCUAAAUUAUUUUCACCACCUAUCGAACAAAAACCGUCCUUAUCAGGACGAACAAAAUU